CUGCACUGGUGAGCCUUGCACUACAGUUCACUGCGGAGUACUCUAUGUUCUUGUCUUUGUUUUGGUAGACUGUUAUUGACACUAUUCAAACAUUGAAAAUGCAUGACGUGUUGUUGGAAGAGGAGCAAGUUAAGUUCAGGCGUGUCAGUAGCGUGGGCUCAACAUUAACAAUGUGCGCACUUUAAACUUCACAACUGAGCUUGUUCGUCGCUUUCACAUUUCAAAUUACUUUUAUUUUGCGGCUGGCUGUCAUGUCGCGCUGACGAGCCACUGUCAGUUUCGAUAGCAGAUAUAGAGCAUGUGAAGUGAACUGUUCGGAGUCAGACAUGGAGGCACCUGAAGCGCACUCGGAGACCAGAAACACAGAGGGCUGUUUUCACAGGACCUUCUCGGCGCUAACUGUGGAUGAUGUGUACGAAAUAGCCAAACUGAUCGGCACCGAGGUGGAGAAACUUAUCGAUGGCUGUGGCAAAGACAGCGUCGUGGGUCUGGUGCCAAAAAUAGUGAAAGUGUUGGAGCUGCUGGAGAGCUUCGCGUCGAGAAACCAUGCUCACAAACUGAAGGAAGAGGAACUGCUUAAGACCUUCGAGACGAUACAGCUCCAACAGCAGAAGAAACGCGUGGGGAAAGAAAGCGACGAGGGCAACGAUAAAAAUGAAAUACGGCAGGAGCUGCAGCAGAAGGAGCAGCAGUGGAGGAGGCGGUGUGAGGAGCUGCAGUCUCACGUACAGCAGCUCCAGGAGGACCAGGAGGAGCUGCAGAGCAGGCUGAAGGGCAGCCAUGCACAAGAAGACCGUGUCCAGCGGCAGGAGCGAGAGGUGAUGCUGAAGCUGAAGGAGGUGGUGGACAAGCAGAGAGAUGAGCUGAGGGCUAAAGUCCAGGAGAUAACCACCAUUUCCAAAGAAGCAGAGGCGCUCCAGGAGCAGUUGGAGCGCUUUAUGAAGAUGAAUGCAGAGCUGCGACACAAGCAGAACGUGCUGCAGGCCCAGCUGAAGAGCACCGUGGAGAGGAAGGCCGACAUGGAGGCCGACCUGAAGGAGAAAAGCAAAGAGAUAGAAAACCUCCAAACACAGCUGGACAAAACCAAUCGCAACGGACCUUUCAGUCCAAGUCAAACAGCUUGUGAGUCCAAGAAAAAGGGGACCGUUGACCAGAAGGACCCUGAUCAGCCGUGCUUCACCAAGAAGGAGGUGCGGGACAUCAUUUUCGAGAGGAACGAGCUCAAAACCAACCUCUUCCUGGUGCAGGAGGAGCUGAGCUACUAUCAGAGGGAGAUCCUGAAUGAGGAGAGGUGUCCAGGUUUCCUAUUAGAAGCCGUCCGCUCUGCCAUCAAAAAGAAGAGAAAGCUUAUCAAGGCAAAGAUGCUCGGAAUUCCAGCAAACGAAUGCAGCAGCAGUGAUGAGGAGGAGAGGAGUUCUCUGUUUGGGCAGACAGAGGUGGAUGGCACUGAAGUUGACGGCACUACCAAACCAGCUGAGUCGCGCAUUCAAAACCUCUUUGGCUUCCUAACGCGGUCGGGCAGCGGCCGGAGCUCCACCCACAUCAGCAACUCCGCCUCCAGCUGGGAGAUCAUCGGAGACUCAGAGGCCGCUGAUGAGACGGGGCAGCGACCGUCCCUCUGAGCCUGGUACUGACCCCAGAGUUCACAGUGUGGGACUCCCUUCUUCCCUAAUUCACAAGUUCUUCCUCAGCUGGUAUCAGAAAGAAGGGGUUUUGGCUCAGGAAAAAUAUUACGAGGACAUUUGAACGCAGCACUUCCAAAAUCAUAAUGUAAGUGUGAGGAAAGAGAGCGUGUGAACAUUUUUAAACAAAGCUUUUUUUGCUUUAUUUCGAUCACAACUUCCCUUUUUGUAAAUUUCAUUCAUGGCCUAAGUCCCCUUAUUCUUCCACAGAAGUGAUUCACAAGUAUAUUCAGUAUAAAGGGUACAGUGUAUUACAGUAUUAAGAGGGAUAGUUUCAUCUCACCACAAAAAAGAUACUUCCUUUUGUAGGAUUGAAGUUUUAAUAUAACAAUCCUGUUAUCCGUCAUUGUGAGGAAAGUGCAGAACUGGGUUAUCCCGCCUAGAUAUUAUAUAUAGAACCUCAAACAUUUUUAACAAAAACCAAAGAUAUUGUAAAGGUAUAUAUUCUGAAAUUAAACUCUCCCUUCUAGUAAUAUGGAAAGCAGUAUAAUAAGUUCACCUCUGUUCCACGACAGGGCAUUGGUUCAUUUUAAAACUAACAAUCAAGAUUUUACCAAAAAUCUAUCAUGUUACUUUUACCUCAGUAGGGGAAUUUUUAAGCCACAUGUUUACUUAUGUAAUUUUAAUUAAUUGAGGCACUUUUAUUCUCAAGGCAGAAAAAAAGAAAAUUGUAGUCAUAUUAUUGCAUUUUAACCCCUUAAGCCUUCACUUACAGCUUGUAUUGUAAAAAUAUAUUUUCUUAAUUUUUAGUCAUUGCACAGAGUCAAAGCCUUUGGCUGGUGUGUGUUUGAUAUCUGUGCCAUACAUGUGUAUGUGUAUAUGUGUGUGUAAACAAAUGUAUACUGGCUGGUGUACCAGCCUCUGCAUAUUGGUUACUUUACUUUGAAAGGAAGCAAUGAGCUUCCUUGUGAUUUUUUUUUUGUGGUUCCCACCACCAUCAGCUGACGAGUUACCAGAAAGUCCCCACAUUCACUUUGUCUGACCCCUCUGAAUGUCUGGCCAUAACACUACUCAGACAAUGACAGGCCAGUAAUGUAUUUGUUGAGAGACAAUGUAUGACCUUCCAAUCCGAUCAUGUUUUCCUAAAAUACGGUUUGCAAUUUAUUUUUGUAAGCAUGUUAUUGCUGACAAUAAAGAUUUAGGAUUUCAAUUGCCAUGUGAGUGAAUAUUUUUGAUGAAAUGUGUUAAAAUCAAUAAAAAAAUGUGGAUUUUA